AUGCAGAACGCACAGAUGGUUGCCCUGGUUGGAUUGAAAUCCACAGGGAAGUCCAGCACUUUGUCGCAGUUCCUCAGGGAGCGGCAGAAUCCCUUCCAGCUGUCGCUCACCGAUGGCAACCUUUACGACGCACUGCAUGAAGAGAUGAAACAGGCAGUCCUGUGUCUGCCCUUCUUGGCCCACCAUCUCCGGUGGGACGCUAGCAAGACGAGCAAGCGCAUCGUCAUCGAAGUCUUCGAGCUGGUGCAGGAGCAGACAGGUUCACCGGUACAGCUGGGGGUGGACGUGGUGUUGAACCCCCCGACAGUGCCUUUAGAGGGGGCAGACAAAGCAGUGAAGUCUGUGCAGAGUUUGAUUUUGCCAACGCCAAGCUCAGUUCAAAUCUUCAGCGCGUUCAAAAUCAUCAAGGUCGUCAAGGAUGUGAAGUGGCUUUGUGCUGAUGCGAGGGUGGCUUCGGCAAUGAUGGCAUCAAGCGAGGGCUUGGGGCUUCUGAGCGUGAACGAACCAAGACUUGAGAAGCUGAUGGCAAAGGAAAUGACGCUCGAGAAGGCCAAGGACUACCUCCAGCACAUCCACGCCAAGGGCUACACGGACGAGAUGCUCAAGAAGAUUCCGCGAACCUUCAAUAGCCUUCAACGAUUCAAGACAGCGCCGGACAAGGAGGACUUUUGCGAGGAGGAGAUGAAGGGGUGGAUGAAGAGAGUGAAGGAAUGCAUAGGGCACUGCUCCCACAAAGGCACGGAUGGAGGCCUCAAGGCCGCCAAAGCCCUCUACGGCAAAGCGCUUGGUGGAGCAGUGGACUACGACGACAUUUGCCAGCGUUGCAAAGAUGAGCAGAACUUCGUGACGAAUUUCGUAAGGCCCAACCUCUUCACCCCCAUAAACAGUGCAGAGUACAAGUUCCAAUUCGAUUGUGUAGCAGAGGCAGCGAAGGCUGUGCUCGGCCUGUGA